GGAGCCGGACUCUGGCCCGGGCGCGCCCCACGGGGCGGAGCCAGACCUGCAGGCGGCGGCGACACCGGCACCGCCCCGGGAGCCGGUCUUGGCCAGGAGGCCCGAGCGCCCGGGGAAGGAGCAGCACCGGGACCCCGCGCGGGCGCAGCGCCCCCAAGGUAGGCGAGCCUGGGAACCCACGGGCCCAGUCCCCGCGGCACGCGCCAGGUCACCCUCGCCAGAAUUCACAAUGACAACAGUGACAGUGACCACAACCACAGAAAUUCCCCCAAGGGGUAAGAUAGAAGAUAAUUCUGCCUUGUAUGAUUCUGCAUCGGCUCACAUUAUCGAAGAAACUGAAUAUGUGAAAAAGAUUCGAACUACUCUGGAAAAGAUCCGAAAUCAAAUGUUUAAAGAUGAAGUAGGACAUAACAGUACAAAUCACAAACUAGAUGUAAAGCACUAUGGAAACAUUCAGAAUGGCUCUGAUCCUGAAAUGGAUCCUUCUUGUUGCAGUUUGGAUUUGCUCAUGAAAGAGAUGAAAGGAAAAGACCUACAACUCUUAGAAAUGAACAAAGAGAAUGAAGUAUUGAAAAUCAAGCUGGAAGCCUCCAGAGAAGCAGGAGCAGCGGCUCUGAGAAACGUAGCCCAGAGAUUAUUUGAAAACUACCAAACACAAUCUGAAGAAGUGAGAAAAAAGCAUGAAGACAGUAAACACUUACUCCAGGUUAACAAGCUCGAAGAAGAACAGAAAUUGAAACAACAGGUUGAAAAUCUGAAUCGAGUCACUGAAAAACUUGAAGAAAAACACAGUCAAAUCACAGAAUUGGAGAACUUUGUACAGAGAAUGGAAAAAGAAAAGAAAACACUACUAGAAAGAAAACAGUCUUUGGAAAACAAGCUGCUGCAAUUCAAAUCCAGCCCUACAUGUACCAAAAGUUGCCGGGAUCUUCAAAUGGAGAUUUCCACUCUCCAGGAGCAAAUCUCUCAUCUGCAGUUUGUGAUUCACUCCCAACAUCAGAACCUGCGCAGUGUCAUCCAGGAGAUAGAGGGAUUAAAAAGUAAUUUGAAAGAACAAGAUAAAAGGAUUGAAAAUCUGAAAGAAAAAGUGAACGUACUGGAAGCCCAGAAUAAAGAACUAAAAACCAAGGUGGCACUUUGUUCUGAAACUCCUAGGACAAAAGUAUCUAAGGCUGUCUCUACAAGUGAAUUGAAGACUGAAGACAUCUCUCCAUAUUUGAUGUUGAUUAGGCUACGGAAAUGAACUGGCUUGCUGAAGAUCAGAUUGAUAUAGACUAUGUGGGUCAUAUUUAUUCCUUGAAGCACAACCCAGACUUCCUUGUUGAAAUAGAACCAUGCUGGUAAUGGAAUAGAAUUUAUUAUAUAUGAGUAGUUUUGCAAGAAGAUGACAUUCCAAAAAAACCAAAACAAAUAUAUAUUUAAGGGAAGGGCUCUCUCUUCGAAACUUAUCAAAUAGGUGAAGAAAGCGGGUGCUUUUGAAUGAUGGAAGAUGUAUUCUGAUAUAUAUAUAUAAUUUUAGAAUAUUAUGGGGGUACAAGUGUUAAGGUUACUUAUAUUGCCCAUGCCCCCCUCACCCCUCGAGAAUCUGAGUUUUGCUUUCAGAUUUUUGCUAAAGGGACUGUUUUAAGAUGGUCGACUCUGACCUUUUGAUAAUAGUUUUUAAGUGUACAAAUGGAAGAGUAGAGUAUAUUAUAUGUAUGAACAAGCAAUAUAUUUUAAAAUUGACCUUUGGAUAAUAAGAAAGAUCUUACAACAUAAAUUCAUCUCCUGAUCCAUUAUUAGUGGGAGGGUUAUUCCCUACUGAAUUAUAGGCACAAUGAGGAAUGGAUUCCUUUUAGUUAAUUCCUCUACCCACAUUAUUCUCCAGUUGAGAACUGUGGUGCCUGCCUGACCUUAGAAAGUUACUGUUUUUCAAUUGCUCUGGGAUUAAAAAUUGGUUGCUCAACGUAACCCAGACACAGAAACAUCCAGGCAUGCACAUGGUACACUCUGCCUUUGUGACUAAUUUUCUUUUUGAUAUGUAUUAAUAUUACUUAAUUAAAAUAUUUGGGGGAAGAAUAAAACAUGCUGUUAGCCCAUACUUCUAUAAAAAUCUAUAUAUUACAGGCUAAAAAAAAUGGCUGCUGUCUUCAGCCAGGAAGAAUUUGAAUUCAUGAACUGGAAUGAUAUGUCUAGUGUUCUUGUGAAAGUGUACUUAAAUUUUAAGACACGCCAUCAUUACAGGUGGAGUUUGUGAUUGCUAUGAGUAAAACCAAACUCUGACUUGCAGAAAUACAAACAUACUGAUAAUCAGGAAAGCAGAACACAAUUAAAUGAAUAAUGAGAGACCUUAGUCACCCUAAAGAGGGAAUUCCCGUUAGACCUUUGUUCUUCCUCUAUGGUGUACAACUUUAAACACUUUCUCAGGAAAGGUGCUUCAAGCCUUUCAAUGUAGAAUGUGGAAAUAUCAGUGUUUUCUAUAAAAUGUUUGAAGGUAUGUAAACAUGGAAUGAAGUAAUGUAUUUAUAUAAUAAUUGCAUCCAAGUACUGUAAUCCUUGAAAUGUGUAACCAUAUGUGAGUGUUAUCGUUCAUGGUGUCUUUGGAAACAUUUUUAUUACUUGCUAAGUUUGAAGGCAUAGUUUAUUAAUAUUUGUUAAUUAUUUAUUAACAA